UUAGUACAAAUCAAAUUAAACGAGUAUAUAUAUUUAAAUAAAAAUAAAAAUAAAAAAUAGACAAGGAAAGAGAUAACGAAGAAAGCCCCGCUAAAUUUGCUUAUAAGGUCAUUACUUUACUAUAUUAAGUGCAAAAGCCGCCGAGCCGAGCCGAGCUGAGCUGAGUUGAGCCGGUGAUUAACUUCUUCUUCUUCUUCUUCUUGUGCUCCGGCCACACCUCUUUCCAUAACCCUCGAAAACACUCUCUCUCUAUUUUCACUACUCAAACCAGAGAGAGAUUUCAGAUUCAUCCUCUCAUGUAAUCUAAAUCUAGAAGAUUUCUCAUUCAUAUAUAUAUAUAUAUAUAUUUGUUUGUACGUAUAGAAUUGUGUGAUACAGUUCUAUACCAAAAAAAAGUUUUGCUUUUGUCUAUGUCUCGACCUUCGAACCACGAGUUUCAACAAUGGUGGAACAAGCAAAGAGAGACGAACCCAGAAGUACUCCUUCUCAAGAAACCUGACGAGACAGCUAAUGGUUUCCUUAGCCUCGAGAUCCGGACUCCAACCGCCGAAUCUACGGUCGAGAAGGAGCGAACGCGGAGCGCUCGUCAGCUCUCAUGGGUAUGCCUCUUGAAAUUCCAGCAAAUCGCUGGUUCGCUCGCUUGGGUUACGAAUGGCGUCGUUUUGCUUCUCCGUACUGCCAACCGACGAAUCGCGUCCCCCAAUUCCCCAGCUGACUCGUCUACUUCGCGUCUCUAUAGAGCAAUCAAGGUGUUUCUGGCUUUAGUUUUGCUUCUUCUAGGGUUUGAGCUUCUUGCUUACUUCCAGGGAUGGCAUUUUAGCCCGCCUUCGGUCGGCUCGGCUGCUGUUCUCGGGUUUGUUGAGCGAGUUUACGCUCAUUGGCUUGAUAUACGAGCCAAUUACUUAGCGCCGCCGCUUCAGAGCUUGACGAAUCUCUGCAUUGUUCUUUUUCUCAUUCAAUCUGUGGAUCGAUUGAUUUUGAUGUUUGGUUGCUUCUGGAUCAAGUUCCGGAAGCUGAAGCCUAAGGCAGCCAUGGAGUAUGGGGAUUCUCCACCUAUGGAUGAGGAGGGCAAUGAGAAUGUUGAGGAUUAUCCAAUGGUGUUAGUUCAAAUUCCCAUGUGCAAUGAGAGGGAGGUUUACCAGCAAUCGAUUGCUGCAGUUUGUGUCCAGGACUGGCCUAGGCAGAGAAUGCUUGUACAAGUUCUUGAUGAUUCAGAUGAAUUAGAUGUUCAAAUGCUUAUCAAGGCAGAAGUGCAGAAGUGGCAACAGCGGGGUGUUCGCAUAUUGUACAGGCAUCGUUUAAUUCGCACGGGAUAUAAAGCAGGCAAUCUUAAAUCUGCAAUGGGGUGUGAUUAUGUUAAAGAUUAUGAAUUUGUAGCAAUAUUUGAUGCAGAUUUUCAGCCUGGACCAGAUUUCUUGAAGAAAACUAUUCCUCAUUUCAAGGGAAAUGAUGACAUUGCACUUGUUCAGACAAGAUGGUCUUUUGUGAACAAGGAUGAGAACUUGCUCACUAGGCUGCAGAACAUAAACUUGUCAUUUCACUUUGAGGUUGAACAACAGGUCAAUGGUGUGUUUCUCAACUUUUUUGGUUUUAAUGGUACUGCUGGUGUAUGGAGAAUAAAGGCCCUCGAGGAUUGUGGUGGUUGGCUGGAACGAACUACUGUUGAGGACAUGGACGUUGCUGUCCGUGCUCAUCUUUGCGGAUGGAAGUUCAUUUAUUUGGAUGAUGUUAAGUGCCUUUGUGAGCUUCCUGAGUCCUAUGAGGCAUACAAGAAACAGCAACAUCGCUGGCAUUCUGGUCCAAUGCAGUUGUUUCGCUUGUGCUUCGUUGAUGUAAUCCGUUCUAAGGUUAGUUUGGCGAAGAAAGUAAACUUGAUAUUUUUGUUCUUCCUCCUGCGAAAGCUUAUUCUGCCAUUCUAUUCGUUCACCCUCUUUUGCAUCAUUCUUCCAUUGACAAUGUUCCUACCAGAAGCUCAAUUACCGGCAUGGGUUGUUUGUUAUGUUCCUGGAGUAAUGUCUAUCCUGAAUAUUCUUCCAGCACCUCGGUCUUUUCCUUUUAUAGUCCCCUUCCUCCUUUUCGAGAACACCAUGUCGGUGACGAAAUUUAAUGCUAUGAUAUCAGGAUUGUUUCGGUUUGGAAGUUCCUACGAGUGGAUAGUUACAAAGAAAUCGGGAAGAUCAUCAGAAACAGAUCUGGUAGCUUUCGAGAAGGAAUCCGGUCCCCUUGUCAGAUCCAACUCACUUUACAGGUCAUCUUCAGAAUCAGGCAUUGAUGAACUGAGCAAAUUAGAAGUUUCUAAAAAAUCGGUUAAGUCAAAAAAGAACCGUCUAUACAGAAAGGAACUUGCUCUAGCAUUUAUACUGUUGACUGCUUCAUUAAGAAGCUUGUUGUCUGCCCAAGGAAUCCACUUCUACUUCCUGCUAUUUCAAGGAAUCACUUUUCUAGUUGUAGGUCUCGAUUUGAUCGGCGAGCAGGUGAGUUGACCAUCAUUACUGUUCUGGGUAGUUCUGAAAGCUGUCUUUCAACUGCAAUUUCUAUCGGUGCAAGACAAAACGUUGGGAAGAGUUUCGAAACGCAUUCUAAUUUGCUAUACCACAAGAGCUGCAUUGCAUCAAUCUAUUUGUGAUUAGGUGAAAGCUUCUCUCAAUUGAAGCAGCCAAUUUUUUUGCUUGCCAGAGUUUUAUAGUCUAUAUAUUUAUAUACCAUCUUGGUAAAAAAGACUUGCAGUUGGGUGAGCCAAUGUUAUUAUACCGAAUAGUGUCUCUAAAGAGACUUUGGAUUGGAUUUUCUUAAACACAGGCUUCUUCUUUACAUAUAUAUAUAUAAAUACAUUUUGCUUGCCCAAAACCCGAAAAGAGGCAAGUAUCAGAUUAUCACAUUGGGUCAUUCUUUGUAUUGUUUGUUGAUAGACUGUGCAGCUUCAUCAUAUAUUAAAUUCGUUUAUGUUGAUUGUUGCAUUCA